AUGUCCCUGUGCCGGCUGCUGAGGACCCAGGUCUGCCCCCCGCUGGUGCGUUUUGCCUCUCAGACCCCAUUCUGUAUACAGCGGCUGGAUCACCUGGUUCUGACGGUCCACAACAUGGAGAAGACGGCCACCUUCUACACCCGGGUGCUGGGCAUGGAGCUGAUCACCUUCAAGGGGAACCGGAAGGCUCUGAGUUUCGGCAUGCAGAAGAUAAACCUCCAUGAAGUCGGGAAGGAGUUCGAGCCCAAGGCCCAUCGCCCGUCGCCAGGAUCAGCUGACCUCUGUCUGAUCACAGAGACGCCGCUCAGCACCGUCCUACAGCACCUGCAGGUCUGCGGGGUCCCCAUAGAAGAAGGGCCCGUGUCCCGCACAGGAGCGAUGGGGGAGAUCAGCUCCGUCUAUUUCCGGGACCCGGAUCACAACCUAAUAGAAGUAUCAAACUACGUAGAGGAACCCAAUGCCAAAUCCUGA